AUGAUAGCUUCAUUACGGUGCUGCUACAAGAACCAUGUUGGAGGUCUUCAAGUUCUUCAUCAGAAUCAAUGGGUUGAUGUGCCACCUCUACCUGGAGCUCUGGUGGUUAACAUUGGUGAUUUACUCCAGCUGAUAUCGAAUGACAAGUUCGUAAGCGUGGAGCAUAGGGUGAUUAGUAAGAGCAUUACACCCAGAGUUUCUGUAGCAUCCUUUUUCACCACUGGGUUUUCGUCGAAUCCUAGAAAGUUGUUAUCAGAAGACGAUCCUCCGAAAUAA